CAAACACAGGUCCAAGAGGGAUACCAUCACCGUCGUCUCCUCCCCAUCCAUUGCAAGAUGAGCUCUCUCCGCUUCGCUCGCUCUGCCCUCCGGGCCCGUCCCUCUGCCUUCCGCGUUCCUCUCCAGCGCAGAGGUUACGCCGAGGCCGUGAACGACAAGAUCAAGCUUUCCCUGGUCCUUCCUCACCAGACCAUCUUCAAGUCGACCGGCGUUGUCCAGGUCAACAUUCCCGCCGAGUCCGGAGAGAUGGGUGUUCUCGCCAACCACGUCCCCUCCAUUGAGCAGCUCAAGCCCGGUCUUGUUGAGGUCGUUGAGGAGGGUGGUGCUUCCAAGAAGUUCUUCCUCUCCGGUGGAUUCGCCGUUGUCCAGCCCGACUCCCAGUUGAGCAUCAACGCUGUUGAGGGUUUCCCUCUUGAGGAUUUCAGCUCCGACGCUGUCAAGAACCAGAUCGCCGAGGCCCAGAAGAUCACCAGCGGCAGCGGCAGCGAGCAGGAUAUCGCUGAGGCUAAGAUUGAGCUCGAGGUGCUUGAGACCCUCCAGGCUCACCUCAAAUAAAUUACCUGAUGUACAUAUCCACUCGCGAUUCCAACCUUGAACGUGUAGAACUAUAACCAAUUAUUAUUCUUUAUUGACCUC